GGCUUCACAACACUCGUUACCUGCAUAUGGCCAAACGUUAGUAAACCCGACAUAAACUAAAUUACAGUCGUAUUUUCUGGCGUGGCGGGACGUCGUUUCCGUGCGAAACAAAACAGUUCUGAGAUGAAGAAGACGUGAUCAAAGGCGGAUGCAGGCAGGUGUUGUGAUCAGGAGCAGCGGGCAGGACUGCAGGUAUGGACACCUGGACACCAAACCCGAGAGCCAAGCCCUUCAUCCCCCGCCAGCAGCGCAGCCUCUACCUUACUUGGAAAUACAGACUUACCAACAAAAGAGCAGUGCGAAGAAUCUGCCAGGCUAGUGCUGUGCUGUUUCUACUGAUCACAGUGAUUGUGAAUAUCAAACUCAUUCUUGAUACAAGAAGAGUUGCCAGUGAAGAUGAUGCGGCUCAAGAAUACGAUGAUGCCCUGCCUAACAUGGAAACCCCACGCAGACCAGCCAGUGGGAGGAAAGUUUUGGACAUUGAGGUGUACUCUAGCCGCUCCAAGGUGUAUGUGGCAGUAGACGGCACCACUGUGCUGGAAGAUGAGAUAAGGGAGCAGGGCCGAGGCAUUCAUGUUAUUGUUCUAAAUCAGGCCACAGGUCAUGUCAUGGCCAAAAGAGUGUUCGAUACUUAUUCUCCACAUGAGGAUGAAGCCAUGAUUCUCUUCCUCAACAUGGUCACACGUGGAAGAAUCCUUAUCUUCACUAUUAAGGAUGAGGGGACUUUUCAUUUAAAGGAUGCUGCCAAGAAUCUUCUUAAAGGUUUGGGCAGUCAAGUUGCUGUCACCUUAGGUUGGAGAGAUAUGUGGACUCUAGUUGUGAAAAAGGGAGGUCAGGUGUAUGGGGAGAAGCAUUCAAAAUCUCCUGCUCUGUCCACAUGGGGGGAUCCUGUGCUGCUGAAGACUGAGGUGCAGCUCACAGCUUCUGAAGAGGCAGAGUGUCAUUGGGCAGACACAGAGCUGAACCGCCGGAGGAAGCUCUUCUGCAGUAAAGUGGAAGGAUACGGGAGCAUUUGUAGUUGCAAGGAUCCAGCUCCCAUUGAGUUCAAUCCAGACCCACUGUCUAACAACAAUGUCUACAACAUCCCAGUAGCAGUUAUCGCUGGAAAUAGACCAAACUAUCUCUAUAGAAUGCUGCGCUCUCUUCUUUCCUCCCAUGGUGUCAAUCCACAGAUGAUCACUGUUUUUAUUGAUGGAUAUUAUGAGGAGCCCAUGGAUGUGGUAGAUCUGUUCGGCCUUAAAGGAGUUCAGCAUACGCCUAUCAGUAUUAAAAACGCAAGAGUAUCACAGCACUACAAAGCCAGCUUGACUGCAACCUUCAAUCUUCAUCCAGAUGCAGAUUUUGCCAUUGUCCUCGAGGAGGACCUGGAUAUUUCCAUAGAUUUUUUCAGCUUUCUCGGUCAGACCAUCCAUUUGUUGCAUGAGGAUGACAGUCUGUACUGUAUCUCAGCCUGGAAUGACCAAGGUUACGAGCAUACGGCGGAGGACCCAUCACUGCUGUACAGGGUGGAAAGCAUGCCUGGCCUUGGCUGGGUGCUUAAAAAGAGCCUUUACAAGGAUGAGCUGGAACCCAAAUGGCCGACUCCUGAGAAGCUGUGGGAUUGGGAUAUGUGGAUGCGGAUGCCAGAGCAGAGGAAGGGAAGAGAGUGUGUCAUUCCUGAUGUUUCCCGCUCUUAUCACUUUGGCAUCAUUGGCUUAAACAUGAAUGGUUACUUCCAUGAAGUUUACUUUAAAAAGCACAAGUUCAACACUAUUCCGAAUGUUCAGAUGAAGAAUGUUGAGAACUUGAAAAAAGAUCCAUAUGAGAUUGAAAUUCAAAACUUACUACGUGAAGCUGAGGUUCUGGACCACAGUAAAAACCCAUGUGAAGACUCGUUUAUCCCAGAUACAGAGGGAAAGACCUUUGUCAUGUUCAUCAAAAUGGAACAGGAAACAGACACAAACACUUGGACAGAGUUGGCGAAGUGCCUGCAUGUGUGGGACCUGGAUGUACGAGGUUAUCACAAAGGACUCUGGAGGCUCUUCAGAAAGAAGAACCACAUCCUGGUAGUGGCUGUUCCAAUCUCGCCGUACUCUGUUAAGAAGCCCAGUAAUGUCACUCCCAUUCACCUGGAGCCUGCACCUAAAGAGGAGGGGCCUCCUGUGGAACAGAUGUAGACCUGUCUUAAUCCAAGCCAAAGGGCUUUUCCUAACCACUAACAGACAAGGCCUGUGUCAGGCUGAUAAUGGGCCUUGUGUUACACUUCAAGCCCCUGCAAGACAAAGGGGCUGAGCGAUAGGAUGAACCGCCCUGUGCCGGAAGCAUCUAAAAACUACAGGCUCAUUGAAGCUAGAGCGAUAUUUGAGUGGAUUUAUUUAAAAAAAAUCAAAAGGUGUGUGACAUGACCUCUUAUUGUUGGUUUGUGUUUUGGAGUUUUUCCUGGGGUCACACCAUUUCAUAUAAAUUUAUGCUGGAAGGUUUUAUUUUAGAAAAUGACUGAUAGAUAUUUUAAAGUAUUACUGGUACUACAAUAAAGUGAGUUACUAAAUGUGACACAAUACUGCGAAAAGGGAUUAAAAUAUGUCGGACGUAAGAUGCUUUUAACACUACUGAGUGCAUUGGGCCACCCUGCACAUAUGUUUUAACUUAUGUCUAUUUAUUUUGUCAAUAUCAAGAUAACUAGGUUUAUUUUUACCUGAUGAAUUCAGUUUUACACAUGAAAAAAAAUGUAAUCAAGAAACAAAACGCUUUUUAUUUGUUUACAAACAAAACUGUGUACAGACAAAUAUAUUUUCAGAUCAAAAGAUUGUCAUCAUAUUUUUGAGUGUUUUUAUCGAUUUUUGUUCUUUACUGGCUGAAAAGAUUCAAGCAGUAUCUGUGAGCUACACAUUACUGCACAAUCAGAAAAUGACAGAUUUCAAUGUGUGUAAUUGGUUUUCUUUAAAUGUUGGCCCUCCAGCAAGAGCAUUAAGAUUUCUCUUUUCUCUGAGAUAGACAGGUGAUGCUGCUUAGGUGAGAUCUAUGUGUCCACACAGCCACUUAAUAGCCUUACGGUGGAAGAUUAACACUUGAAAUCAAUGCAAUCUCAGCUGCAUCACAGAUCUGCCCUGUGUUAACGUGACUUACUGUAUGUAGAGAUGCUGGUGGAAAAUUGAUUUAUCACGCAAUAAUGUCCAAAUCAUUUCACGGAGGAGAUUCCAGACUAGAUUGUUGUAAGUUUCAGAGAUCGGUACUAAGGUUGCUACAGACUUUUUACUUGUGGUGCCACUAAACAUUUUCAUAGUAUUUGAAACAUGUGCAAUACCAUAAUAGAAGUGUUUAUUAUCUCAACAUAUUAUUUUGUACUUCCGUUUGCAGAGGAUGUCUAAUAUGAUUCUCCAACAGUUUUGUAUAUCCAAGUAGUUAAAAAUUAUUGGUUUUCUAAUAUAAAAUAAAAAUGUUUUCUUAAA